AUGAAGCGAGAGCAAGGCGAAGAGCCAGUAAACACGACCAAAGAAAGCCAUAGAGUUAUGUAUACAAGAUGGGACCGUAUAAUGAUGGCUUUCCCGAUGAACUUUGGAGGAGCUCUGUUUCUCAUCUUGAGCCUCACUUCUUGGCACAGGAAGAGAAGAUGGCACACUUCUCAGCCUCAUGGAGAAGCUUGCCACAUUAGAUUUCCUGAUGGAACUCAGCUGUCUUCAUUGCUGGAGCAGCUCAGGACCUCACUGUUGCUGAUGCUGAUGCUUUCUUGGGUAUGUAAUUUUGAGAAUGAUGUCUGCUUUCGCAGCCAGCGCACCAGUGUGCACAAGGGUGGAGAUGUGGAGAUUGGGGGAUUUUUCUCCUUGUAUUUCUAUAUGCAUCUCACGGGCCUCAGUGACCUAAUGCCAAUGAAGGACCUCUUUGUUGUGCCGCUUCUGCCCAAUAACUACCAGCAUUUUCUAGCCUUCAUUUUUGCCAUAGAGGAGAUCAACAGGAGUCCUCAUAUUUUACCCAACAUAUCUCUGGGAUAUGAGUUCCAAAAUUCUCUUUAUAGUCAUUGGAGAACACUGGAGAAUUCCCUCAGUUUGCUGACAGGGCAGGAUGAGAUCCCCAAUUACUCCUGUAGAAGAGAGACCAAAUCAAUAGCAGUGAUAACAGGAGCAUCAUGGACAACAGCCACUCAAACUGGAAGCCUGCUGGAGCUCUACAAAUUUCCACAGGUUUCCUUUGGCUCAUUUGAUCCUAUGCUGAGUGACAAUGACCUCUUUCCUUCUCUCUAUCAAGUGGCCCCAAAGGAUGCAUCUCUGGCUCUUGGCAUGGUCUCCUUGAUGCAUCACUUCAGCUGGAGCUGGGUGGGGCUUAUUGUCACAGAAGGGCAUAAAGGUCUUCAGUUUCUCUCGGACGUGAGUACAGAGAUGGACAAGAAGAGCAUUUGUGCAGCAUUUGUGAAACUUAUCCCAACUCCUCUUGUGUCCUACGUCUCAAAUCUACAGCCUCUUGAAAUCCUGACAAGUGAAACAUCGCUAGUGAAUGUUGUUGUCAUUUACUAUGAAAGUGGUGGUCUAAAUGAAGUAAACUACAACAUAGGGCAACAUUUCGUGACAUGGAGAGUCUGGGUGACAAACGCACAAUGGCAGGCUGACAUGGCUGGUAUCAAUUUCAUACUUGACUCAUUCCACGGGACUCUCAUUUUUUCAAAUCAUCACGAAGAGAUUUCUGGUUUUGAAGACUUUGUACAGGAAGCAAACCCUUUUAAAUACCCAGAAGACACUUAUCUCACUAUGUAUUGGUAUGCAAAUUUCCAUUGCUCAUUCUCAGAUUCUUGUGCAUUGAAGAACUGUACAGCUAAUGCUUCUCUAGCACAGCUGCCUGUGAAUCGUUUUGACCCAGGCAUGAGUGACGAGAGUUACAACAUAUACAAUGCUGUGUACGCGGUGGCUCAUGCUCUCCAUGAGAUGCUUCUUCAACAUGUGAAAAACUCAGCUGUCAGAAGUAUCGGUGUGAGGGAAUAUUCUGCCUGGCAGCUCCACCCCUUUUUGAAGAAUAUUCAAUUUAAUAAUCUUGCUGGAGACCAAGUGAACUUGGAUGAUGAAAGAAAGCUGCACAAGGGGUAUGACAUUCUCAAUUCUUGGAAUUUUCCUGAAGGCCUUAGACUUAAGGUCAAUGUAGGGAUGUUUUCCCCACACUCUCCACUUGGCCAACAGUUAUCUUUAUCUGAUGACAUGAUAGAGUGGGCCUCUGCGAUUACACAGAAUCCUCGUUCUGUAUGCAGUGAGAGUUGCAAUCCUGGAUUCAGGAAAUCCCCUCAGGAGGGAAAGGCUGCCUGUUGUUUUGACUGUAACCCUUGCCCAGAGAAUGAGAUUGCCAAUGACACAGAUAUGGAUCAGUGUGUGAAGUGCCCAGAUCAUCAGUAUGCCAGCAUGCAGAGAAAUCGCUGUCUUCAAAAAGUUGUGACUUUUCUGGCAUAUGAAGACCCCUUGGGGAAGGCUCUGACUAGCACUGCCCUGAGUCUCACUCUUCUUACACUUGCUGUUCUUGGGCUCUUUGUGAAGCACCAAGAGACUCCCAUCGUCAGGGCCAACAACAGGGCUCUCAGCUACACCCUGCUCAUCUCCCUCACCUGCUGUUUCCUCUGCUCCUUGCUCUUCAUUGGCCAGCCCAACACAGCCACCUGCAUCCUCCAGCAGACCACAUUUGGACUUGUGUUCACUGUGGCUGUUUCCACUGUCUUGGCCAAAACCAUUACUGUGAUCCUGGCUUUCAAGGUCACUGCUCCAGGUAGAAGGAUGAGACAUUUGCUGGUAUCAGGGGCACCAAAUUCCAUCAUCCCUAUCUGCUCCCUGAUCCAACUCACUCUCUGUGGCAUCUGGAUGGGGACAAAUCCACCCUACAUUGACACAGACCCACACUCUGAACAUGGCCACAUCAUCAUUGUGUGCAACAAGGGCUCCCUCACUGCCUUCUACUGUGUCCUGGGAUACUUGGGCUCCCUGUCCCUGGUGAGCUUCACUGUGGCUUUCCUGGCCAGGAACCUGCCUGACACUUUCAAUGAAGCCAAGUUCCUGACCUUCAGCAUGCUGGUGUUCUGCAGUGUGUGGGUCACUUUCUUGCCUGUGUACCACAGCAGCAAGGGGAAGACCAUGGUGGCCAUGGAGAUUUUCUCCAUCUUGGCCUCCAGUGCAGGGCUACUGGGCUGCAUCUUUGCCCCCAAGUGCUACAUUAUUUUGUUAAAAUCGGAGAGAAAUUCUUUAUGUGUGGUCAGAGAUAAAUCACAUUUUGUAAGAAAUAAGCCUUACUGA